GUCUUUGUGCUCCUGAAGACGUCGAGGCGACAGCAGGGAAAAAACAGCUGGAUCAGCUAGCGGCUCCGCUGGCUCCUCCAGCCCCUCCACCGGCUCAGUCCUCCGGGUUCCCACCCUGACUUCGAUACGCUGGUUCUGAUUCUGAUGAUGAGGUGGAAACAUGGAGGCUCCUGAAUACCUGGAUCUGGAUGAGAUCGACUUCUCCGAUGACUCAGUGUAUUCUGUGACAUCACUGAAGAACAUCCCAGAACUGUCCAGAAGGAGCGAUGGCCCGGCAGAGGAGAGACCAGCUCCGGCCAUCAACUGGAGCCGCGGCGUUCCCUCCCACAGCGGGGCGGGGAUCAAACCCACGGGCCUGGCCGAGGUCCACAGCAAGUUCCGUCCGGUGAAGCGGGUCUCCCCCCUGAAGCACCAGCCCGAAACCACAGAGUCGGACUCGGACGGGAAGAACCAGAACCAGGGUCCGGUUCUGGAGCAGAGCGAGGUGGGUAAGGACGAGUCCGGCUCCGAGAAGCAGGCCGGCGCCUCCACGCCGUGCGACGGCUCCGGGGGCAAGGCGAAGGUCGGCGGGGUCGGCGGCAACGCUCAGGCUCUGUUCGGGGAGCUGGAGCACUACGACCUGGACAUGGACGAGAUUCUGGACGUACCGUACAUCAAGUCCAGCCAGCAGAUGUCCACCCUGCCGCGUGGCAGGCGGUCUGCGGCGGGGGGCGGCGCCGGGGGAGGAACCCUGGAGAGGAACCGAGGAGGAGGAGGAGGGAUGAAGAGCUCCACUCUGACCUACAACGAGCCUGUGAGCCUGGGCAGCAGCAGCAGCCAGACCCCGUUCUGCGUUCUGUCUCCGGUGAAGUGGUCGGACCUCAGGAAGUCCAAGUCCAUGGACCCGGACCUCCAUCACCUGCACCGCUCCCCAGGAGGAGCCGGCGGCGGCGGCUACCAGGCGGAGCCGCCGCCGCCCGGCCUCCUCAGCUCCUCCUCUCUCUCCUCCUUCUCUGACGCAGACAAGCUGCUGUCAGCGCGCGUCUUCCCGGACCCCCAGAGCCAGCGGUCGGGGGCGGAGCCUCCAGGGGGGCUGGCGUUCCCCCUGGCAGGGUGCAUUGUGGGUAAACCGGACGCCUCCAAACCCUGGACUCCUGGAGGAGGAGGAGCGAGGGGAGAGCUGGACGAGGAGACGAAGAAGAACCAGAACAUCAUCAACAUCGUCAGGGAGGGGCAGAUCUCCCUGCUGCCUCACCUGGCGGCCGACAACCUGGAGCUGAUCCGAGACGAGGACGGGAACAACCUGCUGCACGCCGCCGCCUCUCAGGGCCACGCCGACUGCCUGCAGCACCUCACCUCCCUGAUGGGCGAGGACGGCCUCAACGAGCGCAACAGCCAGCAGCUCACCCCCGCCGGCCUGGGGGUAAAGAACGGCCAUCUGGAGUGUGUGAGGUGGAUGGUGAGUGAGACGGAGGCCAUCGCCGAGCUGAGCUGCACCAGAGAGCAUCCCAGUUUGAUCCACUAUGCUGCUCGAUACGGACAGGAGAAGGUUCUGCUGUGGCUGCUGCAGUUCAUGCAGGAACAGGCCAUCUCCCUGGACGAAGUGGACCAGAACGGAAACACGGCCGUCCACGUGGCGGCGCAGUACGGACACCUCACCUGUAUCCAGACUCUGGUGGAGUACGGAUCCAACGUGACGAUCCAGAACCAGCAGGGGGAGCGGCCGUCGCAGAGCGCCGAGCGGCAGGGCCACACCACCUGCGCCCGCUACCUGGUGGUGGUGGAGACCUGCAUGUCUCUGGCCUCGCAGGUCGUCAAGCUCACCAAGCAGCUCAAUGAACAAACAGCAGAGAGAAUCAACCUGCAGAAACACCUGCAGAGGCUGAUGGACCCCAGCAAGGCUGAGGGGACGCCGUCCAGGUCACCUAGUUCCCAUCAGCCCCUGGUGGAGGCGUGUCCAGAGCUGCUGCUGACGGCCGAGGCGGCGCCUGGCGACGGACACUGGUUGGUCCGGCAGGGGGGCGUGGCUCCGGACUCGGUGCUGCGGCAGCUUCUGGGGAAAGAUGGCGAUGGCGUCAGAGAGAGGCUGCAGCCGGGGGCCGGCCCGGGCAGAGACGGCCCCGGCGCCGCGGGGGCCCCCGGGGGCCACAGGACCGGCCUGCUGGAGAGGAGGGAGCUCAAACUGGCCAGACUCAAACAGAUCAUGCAGCGCUCUCUGAGCGAGUCCGACUCCGAGGGCUACCCGCCGGAGGAGGGGCGGAACCAGGCCGCGCUGCGACCCGAUAGGCCGACCCACCUGCCGAUCGCAGAGGAGGAGCCGGCGACCAACCACCUCCAUCAGGUGAUGAGGAAGCACCUCCCCUCCUCAUCCUCGGCUGAGAGGAAGCUGGCCUUUUCUCUCAGCGGGUCAAAGUCUGUGGACAGCAUCGGCUACACACCGUCGCCCACAUCCAGCGACCCGGACGCCACGGAAACCAGAACCCCGGAAACCCCCGCCGCCGACGGCCAGAAGGUCGCCACCAGCCCCAAGAGCGCCCUGAAGUCGCCGUCGUCCCGCAGGAAGACCUCCCAGAACCUGAAGCUCCGGGUCACCUUCGACGAGCAGGUCCACAAGAGCUCGACCAAUCAGGAGCCAGAACCCAGCCGGGCGCCGCCGAGCAAGGACAGGACUGCGGCCGCCAGCUCAGAGGGCAAGAGGUCGUUCGGGACGUUCCGCUCCAUCAUGGAGACGCUGAGCGGGAACUCCAACCACAGCAACAACAACAGCGGCGGCGGCGGCGGUCCGGUUAAACCGUCAGCCUAUCAGAACUCACCUGGCAGGAAGUCCGUUGGGGGCGGAGCCAAGGGCAAGAGCCGAGUCAGCAACGUCUGACCAGCCGAAAACGGACGAGGCACAGAACAUGAGAACCAAUCAGAUCGUAAAUAUUUAGUGUUUCAUGAAAACUGAUCAACUUCAUUUCAACACAUGAAAAUUAAAGUUAAUUAAUUAAAACAUUUUGUAGCUAAAAAUAAACGGAUCAUUUUCCUGUUAACUCGUCCGACUUUAAAGGAAUCUAUGGCUAGCCUUUAGUUAGAUCUAACCACGUUAGCUAGCACCGUUAGCUAAAUCUAACCACGUUAGCUAGCACCGUUAGCUAAAUCUGACCACGUUAGCUAGCACCGUUAGCUAAAUCUGACCACGUUAGCUAGCACUGUUAGCUAAAUCUGACCACGUUAGCUAACACCGUUAGCUAAAUCUGACCACGUUAGCUAGCACCGUUAGCUAAAUCUGACCACGUUAGCUAGCACCGUUAGCUAAAUCUGACCACGUUAGCUAGCACCGUUAGCUAAAUCUGACCACGUUAGCUAGCACCGUUAGCUAAAUCUGACCACGUUAGCUAACACCCUUAGCUAAAUCUGACCACGUUAGCCAGCACCGUUAGCUAAAUCUGACCACGUUAGCCAACACCCUUAGCUAAAUCUGACCACGUUAGCUAACACCGUUAGCUAAAUCUGACCACGUUAGCUAACACCCUUAGCUAAAUCUGACCACGUUAGCUAGCACCGUUAGCUAAAUCUGACCACGUUAGCUAGCACCGUUAGCUAAAUCUGACCACGUUAGCUAGCACCGUUAGCUAAAUCUGACCACAUUAGCUAGCACCCUUAGCUAAAUCUGACCACGUUAGCUAACAUCGUUAGCUAAAUCUGACCACGUUAGCUAACAUCGUUAGCUAAAUCUGACCACGUUAGCUAGCACCCUUAGCUAAAUCUGACCACGUCAGCUAGCACCCUUAGCUAAAUCUGACCACGGUAGCUAACAUCGUUAGCUAAAUCUGACCACGUUAGCUAGCACCCUUAGCUAAAUCUGACCACGUUAGCUAACACCCGUAGCUAAAUCUGACCACGGUAGCUAACAUCGUUAGCUAAAUCUGACCACGUUAGCUAGCACCCUUAGCUAAAUCUGACCACGUUAGCUAACAUCGUUAGCUAAAUCUGACCACGUUAGCUAGCACCCUUAGCUAAAUCUGACCACGUUAGCUAACAUCGUUAGCUAAAUCUGACCACGUUAGCUAGCACCGUUAGCUGGAGCCAACGUGAAACUGGAACAAAUUGUAAGUUAAUGAAAUGAUGUUUAAAUGAAAAUCAUCUUCAUGAGAACAAAAUGUUUCGUUAACUGAAACAGCCUGAGUUAGAAACGCUGCUCUCUUUCUGAUUAGCUUUUCCAUCACAAGCUGCAGCUUUUUGUUGACAUUUUCUUGAGUUUUUCACAAUAAGCUCUAAAUUUAUGAAGCCGUUGAUCCUGACAGGUCCGGUUCCCGACCCGGUCCUCCAGAAACAGUUCUAGGUUUCUCCAAAGAAUUUCUUUUCUGACCCGUCUGUCCAGAUCGAACCGCCACAUUUCAUUUUUGUUUGUUUUCAGCUCUGACUGAAAGAACCCAGUCGGUUCUGAACCGGUUCUGAACAUCUCAGGUUGUCAGAAGUCCAAAUUCAGAGCUGAUGAUGAAACUUCUGGUUCUGGAUGACCAGAGGAGACUUUUAGUCUGGAUUUGGACCCCAAACCUUUCAGUGCCUUUUAAACCAACAGGACCCCUAAAACUAGGCGACUGCAGCUGAUCCGGUUUCCUGGUGCUGGUCGGGAUUCUGGAUGAGUUGCUGCUCUCUGCUUUACUUCUCUUUUCUAUAGUUGUUUUAUUGUAAGCUUAAAUCGGGUUCUUCAUGAACCAAAUCAUUUUUUAGAUCUUUAAUGAAAUGAUUUAGUUUCUGGUUGUUAAAUUUCACAUCCCUGGUUCUGAGACUUUCUCCGGGUUUUGGUCUCAUCCGGUCCUCUGGUUUCCUUUUGCCUUUAAAAGUCAGAAAAACUGGUAACUUUUUAAUAAUCUCCAUUUAGGGAUUUUCAGUUUAAAUGUGUUUGGAUUUUCCAGUAAUUUCCAAUUAUUUAAUGAUAUAAUUGAAUAGUAAAUUCUGUUUCCUUUUUUAUAAGCUUGAUUUAAAACACCGUCUCAAAACUACACGACCCACAAUGCAUCACAGCAAUCUGACACAAGUUGUUCAUUUUGAACAGUUUUGUUUUAAAGGUUCUCAUGUUCUUUGCCUCAAAUCUUCAACCUUUUUAAAGUUUUCAUAGACGGACAGUUUUUGUGAGGUGAGUCUGAAUUCUUCAGGUUUCGCUUGUUCCUUCAUUUUUAUCUGAUUUUCAGUGGGAAACGUUGGAACUGAUUCAUGUUUGUUUCCUGAACUCCACUACAGACGAAGUAUUUAUGUUUCUGCGCACAGUGUUACAGUUUAAACUGAAAUGUUUUAAUCAUGCACCAGCACAACAAAUACUUUAAAAAACCCACUGUACAUAUUUUAUUAGUAUUUAAAUUGUUUACGUUAUAUUCCACGUUUUAUUUCUUCAUUAUCUAUGCAGUAUUUUUGGCAUGAGGUAGACGUUAGAUGACGGGGAGGUUUGAAGAAGCACCUUCUACAUUUUAUCUGCAUGAAGUUUGAAGUGAGAGGAGAAAGUUUUCUGCAGCUUGUUUUGAUGAAGCUGGAAUCUGAUGCUCCGUUUAUGAAAACCUCCAGGAGUCUGAUUUUUGUUUUUUGGUCGAUUUUUAAAGUUUCUGUUUGGCACCAAAGUUCUUGAACAAUCUCCUUCAGUGAGUCCAGUUGGUUUACAUUCAAAAUGAUAAAAUGUUCAGCCGUUAAAUUCUCUCUUAUUGGGAGCUUUGCCUGGAUUUUCAGGUUAUUUUUACAGAUCUAGCGCCCCCUGGUGAGAACUAGGGGAUGUGCAGCAGAGUUCAGCCUCUGUCUCUGUUUUCCAUUUUGUCAAAUUCACUUCCUGGGUUAAAGGUCGUCGCUGUGAGCUUCUGCUGUGCAGUUUGCUCCUUCAUGACCUCAGCACCAUUUUUAGAGGACAGUCUGUCUGUUUCCAGAAAUUUCUUCUGAUUCUGGUUGUUUUUUGUAAGUUAAAGUUUAUUUUGGGAUCAAGUUCAGACAAAAACAUUCUGAUGAUCGAAAAACUCCAAACAAAAGAAAAACCCAGAACCUUGUUGAAUGAAGGCGUCUGAUCUGAGUUCACAGUGUGGAGGGCUUCAGACAAACUGAAAUAAACUUUUAUUUCUGGACUUUCA